AUGUGUCUGACGAAGGUUACUCGCAGUGAUUCUAGUGCCAGUGGAAGCCUUUAUAGCGUGGAUAGUAAUUUAAGUAUUGAGGAAAAUAAAUAUAAUAACGGUUCAACCAAUAAAUUUACAUCGCAACCGAAAUUUCUGAUCGUCGGCGCUGGUGCUGCUGGUCUUGCCUGCGCUGUUUCAUUGCUGAAGACAGGUUUCAAGUAUGUGACAGUUGUUGAAGCAGAAAAUCGCAUCGGUGGACGAAUUUUUACGACAUCAUUUGGCGAUAAUGUUAUAGAUUUGGGCGCACAAUGGUGUCAUGGUGAAAAGAAAAAUAUUGUUUACGAAAGCGUCUUUGAUAAAAUAAUAUUGGGGUCGUCGAGCUACAUCUACACGAAGUUCGAUUGCAUUCGUUCGGAUGGUGAAAUAUUACCGAAUAAUGUAGUAGACAAGCUAAAAAGUUUGCUUGCACAAAUCUUUGCUAGACGUCAUACGGACCUGCCUACAUUUGCAGGCACAUUCGGUGAAUACCUCUCUAAGAAUUUCUAUGAAAUUCUAAUGAGUAAGGAAUACAAUGAAAUUGAUUUCAUCGUUGCACGAGAGUUCUUUGAGAAUUUCUUAAAAAUCGAGAGAUCUGAGACAGCUGCUGGGCUUGAAGAGAUUUCUGCGCAAGGUUUUGAAAGUUACAAAGAUUGCGAUGGUGAUUAUUUAUUGCAUUUUGAAAAUGGUUUUGGGCAGUACUUGCAAGUACUGCUAGAAGCGGAUGAAUUAGGUAACGAUUUGGGUUUGCUAGAGGAUAAAAUUCUUUUCGGCUUAAAUGUGAAAGAGAUCAAAUGGGACCGCGCUGAUUUCAAAGUGGAGGUGACUUGUGUGAAUUCGCCCGGUAUAUUCCUAGUGGAUCACGUCAUAGUGACAGUCCCGCUGGGAGUGCUAAAACGAGAUGCAAAAACCAUGUUCGAACCGCAAUUGCCAGUAUCUAAGCAAAAUGCCAUCGAAGGACUCGGUUUUGGCUGUAUGAUGAAACUAUUUUUUGAGUUCUCCCCGCCUUUUUGGAACAAUAAAUGGACGGGUGUAGCAAUGCUUUGGCGUGAGGAGGACAUAUCGGCCAUACGUAAAAGCACACGUGCAUGGGUAGAAAAUAUCUAUGGCUUCUAUAGAGUCCCAAAUCAACCAAACGUAUUAGUAGGUUUUAUGGUUGGUUCAAAAAUUCCGGCUGUUGAAGUAAUGUCAGACGCCGAGGUUAUAGAAGGAUGUAUGUACUUGUUGAGACGGUUCUUGCCACAUUGGCAUAUACCAACUCCAAUAGAAUUCAUAAAAUCCAUUUGGUUUACUAAUCCAAAUUUUUGUGGUACAUCAUCAUUUCGUUCACUAAAGACGGAAGAAUUGGAAACGGGCGCAGAAAUUUUGGCACAACCAAUUACAGUGCUAGCGCAGGCAUCCACCUUUGAAAUGGGUCUAACCGUAAAACCAGUGGUAUUAUUUGCCGGCGAAGCUACACAUGAGCACUAUUUCGGCACAGUACAUGGUGCGGUGGAGAGCGGUAUACGGGAGGCCAAGCGUCUGGAGAGUUACUACACAUUAGAUUAG